GGGAGCAUGGAGGGGACGGGGAGACAGCACCUGCUGCAGACCCUGGCAGGGCUGGGGAAGGACGAGCUCCGGAGAUGGAAAGAGAAGCUGAGCAAAGUACCACUGAAGGAGGGAUACCAGCGCAUCCCCCAGGCCCUCCUGGAGGGAGCCGAUCCGGGGGCCCUGGCCGAGCUGCUGAUCAGCUACUAUGGGGAGGAGUAUGGGCUGCAGCUGGCUUUGCUCGCCCAGACUUUAUGCAGUGCAGAACAAGCUGCAAUGGAAGUCUCAAGGGCAGCUGGCUCUGUGUCACACCUCUCCGAGGUCACCGAUGAGCAGCUGGGGAGCAGUCUUUCAGUGCUUCAGAGGAAAAAACAAAAAUCCUUGCCCAGCCGGCCUCUGCCUUGGGAGUGGCUCAGCAAGCUGACGGGCAAGAAGGGGAAGCAGCAUCAAGCCUCCCCAGGCGGAUCCUUCAGUGAAGAGACUCAAUCCACCCCUGGGUCUAGUACAGGGACAGAGGCGGCAGGAGACCCCAUGAGGGAACAGGGCCCUGUCUCACAGCCCUCUGAGGACGUCAACGUGCUGCGGGAUAUGGGGUUGAUGCCGCCUGAGGGGAGCAGGUUUUCAGGGAGAACAGUGAUGAUGAAGGUCGUCUUCCCUGGCCUGAGUUUACCUAAACCUUCGCGGUGGAUAAGGAAGUUGCAGGGCAAGAAGGCGAAGCCGCAUCAGGCCUUCACAGGCACCUUCCCACAACGCUCCCAGAGCACUGUGCAUCAUCCCCAGGAGGAGUCUGUUUAUGGCAGUGUCCCUCAGGAACCUCCUGCCCUGCCGGCUGGGGCCGUGGGAGAAGUCACACUGAUGUCGGGGAAGAAAAAGACCGGGGGUCCCGUUCCCCCUGUGCUGGAGGCACUCGGUGGGGGGCCAGAGUGA